AUGCCUCCUGUCAACGGCGCGAACGGUACCACUCAUACCUGGACAUCCUUGCCUCAGGCAAUGUCCAAGGCGGUAUCGUCUCUGAGUAAGGCAUUGGACAAGGAUCCACAAUGGCAAGCAUUUGUCGACACCAAAGCCAUAUUUGAACCUGUGACAAUGGGUGUGCAGAGUCUCGGAGGAGACGAGGCUAUUCUCGUCACAGUGUCGCCUGGCGCUAAAACCACGACGUCAACUGGGCCUGCUUCCAAAGCAGACUUUGUUCUUCGAGCACAGCCCGAACAAUGGGAAAGGUUCUUCGAUGCCAAUCCUGUUGCUCCCUAUACCAGCUUUGUUGGGUUACAGGGCAUGAAUAUCGUGCAAGAAGGAGUCGGUGUCGACGGGAGCCAGGUCAAGUAUGCUCAGUACUGCCACCUGGCUACCCGUCUUCUCGAACUUCUGCGAGAAGGCCAACAUGGACCUUUGAAGGAAGAUGAACAACCAGAAACCGACGAAGACCACCUGACAGGCAAGUAUAUCUACAUCAACGCUCCCGUCUGGGGCCGCACAAAGGUCUUUUAUGAGACUUCUGGCAAUGGAUCUCAGCAAAUCGUGUUUCUACACACGGCUGGAAGUGAUAGUCGGCAAUAUCACGGUGUGAUGAACGAUGCGCGCAUGCGCGAAAAAUGCACCAUGUUUGCCUUCGACUUGCCUGCUCACGGUAGGAGUUUUCCGGGUAGCAACCAUAUUCCGGGAAAUCACACGAACAACGAGGAUGCCUAUGUUGGUACCAUCAGGGAAAUGGUCAAAGCACUGAAACUGAACAAGCCGAUCAUCUGUGGUGCUAGCAUGGCGGGUCAGGUUUGUGUAGCUGUCGCCAUAAGGGCAGAAGAAGUCGGUGCUGGAGGCACCAUUCCUCUCCAGGGCUGCGACUACUUGACCAUGGACCGACAGUUUAAUGACAAGAGUCCCGUGUGCAACCAAGCACUGUUCAACCCAGACUGGAUCUACGGCAUGAUGGCACCUCAGAGCCCCAGAGUCAACAAGAUGCUCAUCUGGCAUCUGUACUCGGGUCAAGCUUACGGGAUCUUCCAUGGGGACUUGGACUUUUACUUUGGCGGUUUCGACGCUCGUGACCGCGUGGCUUCCAUCGACGUCAAGAAGUGUCCCAUCUAUUUCCUCACCGGCGAAUACGACUGGUCGACAACACCCGAAAUGUCUCAAACCACGGCGAAGAAGAUCCCUGGCGCAAACUUCAAGGCCAUGAAGGGCUUGGGCCACUUUCCGGCCACAGAAGACCCCCGGAAAUUCGUAAGUCUUGAUAAUCUGUCUGUCGCGUGUUGA